AUGUGUGGGACGGGGCCGUUUGAGUUGCCGUCGCCGGCGCUGCAGUUGUGGGGCCGUCGGCCACUCGUAUUGAUCGCGGCGCGGCAGACAAGCCGUCUGGCCGGGAAGCCCGACCGAGGCUCGAAGUGGGUCACGCGGCGGCCGCGGCCGAGCGCUCGAUACCCGCCCCCGCUGUGCUGCCCGGCGAAGUGCGAGGCGCGCGCGUGCGACGCCUCCGGCGGCUGCUGCCACGCCAGCUGCCUGGGCGGCUGCUCGGGGCCCAGCGACCGCGACUGCUUCGUCUGCCGGCACGUCGCCAUACCUGGCCGCUGCGUCGCGCGCUGCCCGCACGGCCUCUACCAGUACCUGAACCGCCGUUGUAUCAACGAGUCGGAGUGUCGGCAGAUGCCAAUUCCUCCAGAGGCGGAGGGCGACCUCUCCAGCCUCAACUGGAAACCUUUCAACGUGACCGGCGUGUGCCUGCUGGAAUGCCCGCCACUGUACGCCGAACAUCUCGUCGACACACCCGAGGGCCGUCAGCCUGUUUGCCUGCCCUGCAAAGGACCCUGUCGCAAGGAGUGCAAUCCGACCAAUGUGGACAGUAUAGCAUCUGCUCAAAGGUUGAGGGGUUGCACGUACAUCAAAGGGGCCUUAGAGAUCCAGAUACGUGGUGGAAAAAAUAUUGUGAAGGAGUUGGAGGACAACCUGAAUAUGAUUGAGGAAAUAGAAGGUUACUUAAAAAUUGUGCGGUCAUUCCCACUUGUUUCUUUGAAUUUUCUCAAGAGACUGCGUGUAAUACGAGGAAAAAUAUUAGAAAGUGACAAGUACGCCUUGGUGGUGCUCGACAACCAGAAUCUGCAGGAGCUGUGGGACUGGGACUCGAGACCAUAUGCUCUGAACAUUAGCAGAGGGCGCCUGUUCUUUCAUUUCAACCCUAAACUUUGCCUGAGCAGGAUUGAGAAACUAAGGCAGGUUACCAGUCUCCCCGAGUUCUCUGACCUCGACGUUGCUCCGUCGUCAAAUGGUGACAAGGUUGCCUGUAAUGUUACUAAUUUGGAGGUGAAAAUUAAGAAAACAGAUUCAAAAGGUGUGAUUAUUAGUUGGAAGCAAUUUGACCAUUAUGAUCCUCGCUCUCUUCUGGGCUACGUUGUUUAUUAUACAGAAGCUCCUUACCGAAACCUGACUCUGUAUGAUGGACGCGAUGCCUGUGGCAGUGAUGGAUGGAGAGUUGUCGAUGUUUGGGUAAAUGAGGACAGUCAGGAAAUAGAUCACUUGCUGUCACGCCUGAAGCCAUUCACGCAGUAUGCAUUUUAUGUCAGAACAUACACGAUUGCUACAGAGCGAACUGGGGCCCAGAGUGAGAUACAGUACUUUGUGACACUGCCAGAUGUGCCAACUCCUCCACAGGUUGUCCGUGCUUUCCCUAACAGCAGCUCAGAUAUUGUGAUUGAAUGGAAGCCUCCCUUACAACCCAAUGGCAAUGUUACUCACUAUGUCAUUACUGGAGGAUGGGCGCAGGAUGAUCCAGACAAUCUUGAACGGAGAAAUUAUUGCAUGGAACCUCUGGUGUUCUUGGAUAAAAAGACGACAUAUCCACCACUAUUGGAAGAAGAAGAAUCCAAGGAAGAUGAUGAGAAUGGGGAAUGUUGUACUUGCAAGGACUCUGAUCAGGAUAUUGAAAAGAUGUCACGCAAAGCGCAAGAAGCUGCAGUUCAAGCACAAAUUCACUUUGAGGAUUCACUGCAAAAUCAGCUGUAUGUCAAGAGGCUGCCUGCUGCAUCUCCUAAAACAAAAAGGUCUGUCUCUCAUUGGACUUACCAUUCACAGACCUCUGACAUCAAAGAAAAGGAUAGCCUAAAAUUUCCUAGUUUACAUUAUGACAAUGAAUACUUUGGGGCGGGUCAGUCCAUGCUGAUACCGAGUAAUGGCAAUAAUAGCUCAAAGAAUGGGCAGUUUAUGUACAAAGUUUAUCAAGUCAAUACUCUGGUUGUACACUAUCUUAAACAUUUUGCUGCAUAUACUGUUGGUGUACAAGCUUGCCGAGAGUUGGAGGGUAAUGAAACUGAGAAUACUACAAACUGCAGUCCUAAGAAGAUUGUUACUGUGCGAACUCAUGCAAAUGAGACAGCAGAUAACAUCAACCCUCAAACUCUUACUGCAGAAGUGAAUCAAACUGUAGGCACUGUCAAACUGAGGUGGGAAGAGCCCAAACAACCUAAUGGAAUAAUUGUGACAUACCAGAUUGAGUAUGGACGUGUUGACAGAGUCCCGCCCAAGACGAUUGUUGAAUGUACACCUAGGAGUGAGUUUAUUAGGAACAACCGCUCAUACAUGCUUGUGAAUCUGUCACCUGGGAACUACAGCCUUAGAGUGAGAGCUACAUCUCUGGCUGGCAAUGGAAACUACACAGAAACCAGAUACUUCUAUAUACAGGACUUGCCGUCGUCUUCGAGUGUCAAGGUGCUCGUGGGCGGCCUAGUCAGCGCACUCCUGCUGCUUGCAGUCGUGUGUGCUGUCGGUAUUUACAUGCGACGCAGGUACCUGUCUCAGGUUCCGAGCAUGUUGAUUGCUUCUGUGAAUCCCGAAUAUGUACAAACAACAUAUGUGCCAGAUGAGUGGGAAGUGCCACGUGAAAAGAUAAAAUUAGUCCGAGAAUUGGGCCAGGGUUCAUUUGGUAUGGUGUGGGAAGGCAUCUACUGCCACAAGACUGAAAAUGAGAGGCGUUGUGCUGUCAAAACUGUGAAUGAGCAUGCCACUGACCGUGAACGGUCAGAGUUCCUAAAUGAAGCAUCUGUCAUGAAGGCAUUCAACACACAUCAUGUGGUUCAAUUGUUGGGUGUAGUCUCCAAAGGACAACCUGUUUUAGUUGUCAUGGAACUCAUGGCCAAUGGUGAUCUGAAAACGUAUCUGCGCUCUCACAGACCAGAUGUAAAUAUGGACCCAUCACGGCAGCCACCUACUCUAAAGCGCAUAUUACAAAUGGCAAUAGAAAUAGCUGAUGGUAUGGCAUAUCUCUCAGCAAAGAAGUUUGUGCAUCGUGAUCUCGCAGCCCGUAACUGUAUGGUUGCAGAGGAUCUCACUGUAAAAAUUGGUGACUUUGGAAUGACAAGGGACAUCUACGAGACUGAUUAUUAUCGAAAAGGAUCCAAAGGACUUCUACCAGUACGGUGGAUGGCACCAGAAAGCUUGAAAGAUGGUGUUUUUACCAGUAGUUCUGAUGUCUGGAGCUACGGUGUAGUACUGUGGGAAAUGGCCACACUUGCUUCCCAACCCUACCAGGGACUUUCAAAUGAUCAAGUUUUACGUUACGUUAUUGACGGAGGGGUGAUGGAACGCCCUGAAAACUGCCCUGACAAACUUUAUGAACUUAUGCGACUGUGUUGGGAGUACAGUCCAAAUGAACGUCCUGCAUUUGUAGAUCUCGUAUACAUGCUGCUCCCUGAUGUCUCAGAAUCAUUUGCAAAGGUGUCAUUCUACCACAGUCCUGAGGGUUGUGAACUAAGACAGCACCGCAUGGAUGUGGAGAAGGCUGAAGAUGAUCCGGCCACCCCACUACGCGAAGACUUCCACGCCAACGGAAAUGGCGGUAACGGCGUCAACGGCUGGAUCGUAUCAUCUCCUACGACUCGCACCACGCAGUGUUGACCGAGGAGGACAGUAGUAGCUUCUCUUAGUGGUCUGUUGGGAAUUGAACUUUGAUGAAAGCCUAUUUUAGGUAUAUACUUUGCCACAAGUAGUUUCCCACACAGACAUACUAAAAACAUUGUGAAUUAUGCCAGGUGAUACAAAAAUUGAAUUAUAAAAUUAUAGGUUGUGCCUUUGUGUGACCUGGUUGCACAGGAAUUGAAAUUUGAACUGUGAAUUUAACACGAAGCUGCAGGUUUUGACUCUUGGAUGAGUGAUUACCUGUUCCCACGGAUGGCAUCUAAUCUGUGAUUAUAACCAAUUACUGCAAUAGAGACUGAUAGGAGAAUUGUUCCCAGUGUAUUUUAUGUACUGCACAAAGUCUGGAAAACUGCCCAUUUCUAGACACAUCAUCAAAGGCAGUGCUUCUAAACUGGCUGUGAGCAUUUUAACAUAAGUAGAUGUUAGUAAAAAAUAUGACUGCUGUCACACUGGACUGAGUGUAAAAAUAAGAAUAGGUUUAGGUUAAUGUAAUGAGUGAAUUGCAAGUGGUGCGUAUGACAAACAAACCUUUGCUCAGCUUGUGACAGACUGACAUGAUUUUUUUCAUGGUAUCUUUUGCAGUUAGAACCAAAGAUGUCAGUCCGUGUGUGGCUUCCAGAAGCAACUGACAAAUAAGUGACUGUUAUGGAAGUGACAUAUACACUGAUAUUGGUGAUGUCUUACAUAAUAAAAUUCACUCUUCAUUCCUAUUUGAUCCAGUGAGGUGGCCUUUUCACUGCAGAAGUGUAGUCCUGUGUGUUUGUGAGUUAUCGUAUUCUAUUAAGUGAUAAUGGUUAUAGGAUGUGUGAACACCAUGGUAGUGUACACAUUACGUGUUUCCGAAAAGGAGUGAAGAGUUAUUAAAGGCUGGUCUGGUGGAUCUAUAUCAGUGUCCCCCAGGUCUGAUUUUAGCCAGUGUUACUGUCAGUAUUUAUGUUAGUUCAUAAAAAUUUUCAGUUUGUUUGUUAAUAGUAUUUAUUCCUAAUAUGGGACUACAUUACUAAUGUAAAUUUUUUUGUAAUUUUUAUUGCUCUAUCAUUUCCAGUGAUCAGUUCCUAUCUCUAGAACAUGAUAUCUUUUCAGUGUCUUUGUAGUGUAUUUUAAUAUAGGCUGUUCAACACUGGUCAUGUUGUUGUAUACUGAUUCAGGUGUUAUUCCAUUGUAAUGUAAAUACGUAAAGAACUUCUGGGCAAUGUCUAGUGAAUUAUGUGUUACGUACUGCAUAAAACAGCUCACUACAUCUCAGCUCUGUUAAGUUAUUGAACAUUCUCUUUUUUGCAGGUGUUGUUGUACCUUUAGAAAAAGGUCAUUCAGUGCCUAGAAACUUGUUUCAGUAAGUUGAGAAGUAGUGUGCAUAUAUAUGUGUGUGUGUGUCUGUGAGUGAGUGAGUGAGAGAGAGAGAGAGAGAGAGGAGGGGAGGAUUUCAUUCCAUGUGAUGUAAAUUAUGAAAGUGCAUAUCAGCAAUUUUAAGUUCUGUUCAAUUUCACUUGAGUGAAAACAACUGUAGAUUAAUUCUUAAUCACUAAGUGUUAGCACAUUGUGUUCUGUUGGACACCUGUGUAAUUGCUAAAAGACAAAUAAGAUGAUUACUUGCAUUAAUGGUAUUAGUGGAGCAUAUUGUGACAAUGGGAGAGAUUUCAUUUGGCACAAUGAGUUUAGUUGUUUACUUCUGUUUCCAUUGAGAGAAACAGGCAAAAUAACUUGCAGGAUGUAUGUAAAAUCGUAACUAUACCAUCAGAAGAAGCUGCACAAUGAUUCUUGGUGAUAACUAAAGCUUACAAUACCCAUGAGAUGUUUUUUCUGGUAACUGAAGUGUGUAGAUUAUGACUAAAAGGUACCGGUAUGAUAAAUGGUCCAUUACUUCCAAAGCUGUUCACGUGAGAGUUGAAGAAUUAUGUUUCUCUAGGACUUUGUGGAAACCUAUUCAUUUUGUUUUAAACAACGGAAAGUCCAGGAUGUGAUAACAGUAAUAUGAGGAAAAUAGUUUGCUUUUCACCACAUGGGGGAGGUGCUGAAUGAAAGCAAUGCUAAAAAUAUUUCAGCUCCUGUGCAAGGUACUUUUUCAGAAAUAGAAAACUCUCACACAUUCACACAACAACUCACACACUACCACUGCCUCUGAGUGUUAAUGCCAGGUUACGACUGCACCUGAAGGGAGCAGAAAUCUAACUGGGGUCGGUAGUGGGGGUAAGGAAGAGGUGUGGGGUUGGGAGAGGGAGAGAUAGCAGGAUAGGGGUGAGAAUUUGUUGGGAGAUUGUGGGGACAGGAUUGGCUGCUGAGUGCAACAUCAUGAGGCCGUGCUGUGGAGAGGGAAAGGCAGGGCAGAGAGGAGAAUAGAGAAGUAGAGAAGAGGAAAGCACUGUGUAGGUGCACUGACAACAUAGAAGUGUAGUACUGAAGUGGGAGCAGGGAAAGGCGAUGGGCAGGUGGAGGGCAGAUUUUUUUUGUGUAGAUAGAAUGAAAUUAACAGUCAGUGGCAUUAUUAAUUUUCAUAUAUAUGUUCACUUACUCAAGUCUUCAGAAAAAAUGAAAAUUUGUCUACACACAAACUCACAUGACUUUUCUGUUUGCUUUUGGAGAACAACUCAGACAGAAAUGAGCUGUGUAGGAAAUUAGUUUUAGCAGAACAGCUGUUAAGUCUUUCACAUAUGGCAUGAUUGUUCUUGCAGAGAGGAACAUUCAUGUAUCUUGAACUUUUUUCUGAUGCACUGAAUACUCGCUGAUACUCUGGGAUUACAGCCGGUUAUUAUUUGCUAUCACAUAUGAUAUUUCAUCUGAGUAACUGCCAGACAUCAUCAGGUGAAGCAUUGUAGACUGACAUCAGCUACCCACGUCACUAACAUCUCGUACAUGGCUUCGAUGAUGCCUGAUUGGAAGAUAUCUGGCAGAUCCCUGGUGAAAUAGCUUGCAAGAUUGUGAACAAAGAAUGGGACAUACUGAAGAACAUUCUUGCUGGGGAGUGAAAUACUUUUUAAGAGUAUUGAUGUUCAGGCUUUGCAGCAAACCAAUAUAGUAUUUGAAAUAAUGAGCUUUUUCCCUCUCACAAUCAGUAAUAUCUGUCCCCGGGCCAGUAAUAUAUGUUUCUGGGAAAUUUCCAAAUGAGGGCACUGCCAGCCAGCCAGUAGCCAGAUGUGUCAUCACAUCCUUGGAGCUUUCCAUCAUUCCUUAUUUUUGCCAAGAGACUAUUUAUUUAUCAAAUUUUUUCAGCUUCUUUGCCACGAGAGUAAACUGUUAAAUCCAUAUAUAUUCUGUCACUGUCAAAACUUGUUAAAGGUUGUCAUUAUGAUCUUAUCAUUGUUAUGAUUAGAUGCUUACCAUACUUUCUCACCAACCUAUUCAUGAAACUUGAGCACUUGCCCCCGAAAGGCAAAGGUCCUGAGUUCGAGACUCAGUUGGUCAUACAGUUUUGAUCUGCCAGGAAGUUUCAUAACGGCACACAUUCUGCUGCAGAGUGAAAAUCUCAUUCUGGGAACCUAUUCAUUAUCGUCUCAGCUACAGCUAAUAAUGCUGCAUCAUAUGUAAAUCAAGUACACCUUAUCUUUACAGUACUUAUUGUUAGUGCAACCCUGUGUUUUUUCUGCAAAUCAGUUUUAUAUGUCUUCUUAAAAAUACAUUUUGGACAAUCUUUCUGCUUAAUACACCGGUGUCAUUUACUAACUCCAUCUGCUAUUUCUUUCAAAAUUUGAACUUUUAUUUCUUGUUCGAGGAGCAUAUUGUCUUACAACAGUUUUUUUAAUGUGUGUGACUAAUAUGUGUAGACUCUACAAAGGCUUUAUACAGUACACUUCUGCAAAAAACUUUUUCCAAGUGUGCAGUAAUUAUGCACACAGGUUUGACAUCGUUAUUGUGUUUAAAACAAUUUUGGGUGACCGAAACAAUUCCAUAAAGUGUAUCAAAAGGAUAAUUAAAACGUGAAAACUGUAAAGUGGCAGUGACACAGAUUGUCUGGCCAAUACUUACAUUUAUGAAUUGAAAAUUCAAGUACUUGCUAACAGAAACAACUUAGGAAAAAUAUGCUUGUUUCCAGAGUAUAAAAGUACCUAAAGCUAGGUGUAGUUCUUUUCUAGUUUCGUUUCUAUCGAAAAUAUUUGGAGUUUCACUUCCCGAAGAUAAGUAUCGGCCAACCUUCAUGUAUCGUAGUAAUCUUAAAGUUUUAAUUCAGACUGAAUUCUGAAAAACAGUUUUCCCUUAAUGUGGAAGAGGAAGGUAUUUUUUUUUUUUUCACACAGUUAUCAUCUUUGUUGACUUAUUACAAAAUAUUGCCAUUCACAUCUUAAGUCCAGGACAUAGGUGACAGUAAAAACUGAAUGAGAUACCACCAUUGAAGAAGCUGUGAUCUCUCACGUAAGGUGGAGUGAGUUCCAAUCCCCAAGCAGCUUAUAAACCAUCCUAAUCAAAUACUAUUUUUGAAAAUAGCCACAGGAAGACAAAAACACCAUUGUUUUGGUUGACAAAAUCAAACCUGCAAAAGCACGAUAAUUACACAAUUCUUGUUUGAAGUCUGUUGCAAGUUAUUUAGGCCAAAUGAUUUCAAAGGAUCAUAGGUACAGUAAAAGGCAAACCUAGAGUGACACUUGUUAUAAAUAUUCCAUUAAUCAUUUUACAAUCUGUUAAAUCAGGUUUCAUCUACAAUUCUAAGUUCUCCGUUUUACAGACAACUGUAACCAGAAUUUGCUGGUUUUAUGCUCGGGUAUUUUCACACAUUCUAUUAAAACUCCCAGACAUAAUACACUCUUCUUUAUUGCAGAACACAUCAGUGCAAACUAGAAGGUCUCUUUGAGGUCUGGGAAACGAAUUACUUAGCUCACUGGAGUGUUUGAUUGUAUGUGUUGAUAUGCUAUAAUGUAUUAUGGUGGUUUCUUUGCUACUUCUCUUUAUGGCCUCAACAGCUUUGCAUAGAAUAUAUACUCAAUUUUGUUAAUUUUGGAUGCUAAUGAAAUAUGUGACAAUUUAUAUUGCCAUUAUUAUUUUUGUUACACUUCACCAAAAGUGGAAUCUAGGAGAUGAAAUAUGACUGUGUUGAAUGGUGUUCAUGACAAUAUCUUACAAUAGUGAAGAGGUUCAUUUAAAGUAAUGUCUUUAAAUCACUGUACUAAAUUGAUCUGAAUGACUGCUUAGAAUUUGCAGACUUGGAUUCAAAGAGGUGUACCAUGCCAUUGUAUUCCAGCCUCUUUUUAGUUUUCCUCAUAGGCCAUGAUCUUGCCUUUCUGUCAGUACAGGGACAGACUUCAUUUCUACUUAAUUUUCUAUAUGCCUACAGAAUUUGUUACAAAAACAUUAUGGUAAAAGGUUAGAGACUUUUAACCAUCCGUCAUACCUCAGUAUUACAGCUUGCUGGAUACAGCACAAUAAUAUGCCACACAUUGGCUGACAGUGCUGUUGUUCAACUUAAUCAUAUGGUGAAAAGGACAGGAGUUAAUAAUUGAGAAAACGCAAUUCAUGAACUUCUGAUUUCGCUAGUAACAAUUAAUUUUAUCCCUCAAUGUAUGCCAAAUAUUAUAUCAAUAAAACUGGCAGCAGAAACAGUAAUUAUGAGAACUGUAUCACAUGACAGAAAUUGUAUUUCAUUAUAGUGACAAGAAUGUGCCAGUUAUUUUGCAUUUAUAACCAAAAUUUCACUUUGUUUGAAAUUUGUUGUGCUGUAUUUUUAUGUAACCUGCAAUGGAAGUAAUCAUCUUGUUUUUCCAGAAGGCUUGACACUUAAGAUAUUUUUAGUGUAUCAGUAUUGAAAAAGACUCAGAAGUUCCAUGUGUAGGUGUUGUAAUAAAAUAAUUUUAAGAAAAUUAUCUUUGAAUGCUCCAUUAAUCUCCCAGAUCUGGUACAGAACUGAUUUCUCUGUCAGUUAAGCCUGUCAGAUAAACUGCCACAUUAAAAAGUGUUUCAAUGUUUGAUGCAAAUUGCAUUUGAUUAAAAAUGUAUGUGUGUACUUAAUAA